CAACAAUCUUUGUCGUCAGUUAAGUCAGUACUAACACUCCUAACAGCAAACAAUGGAUUUCCACACCGCCUGCGAAAAAGCCAAAGCUUUCACCAAGAAGCCAUCCGACUCCGAAUUCUUGGAAUUCUACGGUUUGUACAAGCAGUCCACCAUUGGUGAUGUCAACAUUCCAGCCCCCGGCGCUCUUGACUUGAAAAACAAGGCCAAGUGGGAUGCAUGGAACAAGCACAAGGGUUUGUCUCAGGAUGCUGCCCAGGCCGCCUACAUUGCCACCUAUGAGAAGUACGCGCCCAAAUACGCUUAAGCCAAAUGCUCCUGAAUCAGCACGAGUGCAGUAAGCGCUCAGAGCAUACAAAUAGAACAAGUCAAAGUGAAAAUAUAACAGUAAGCUGCUGCCAUUCGAGGCCUGGCCUCGUACAUACAUACAUAAUAUUCGUGUAAACAAAAUGAGCCAUUAAGUUGUAUGUAGGAGCUCUGUGGAACUUCAAUUUCAAUGUAUUUAUUCUGUAAAAUGUAAAUAAAAAAUUGAUUGUGUAAACUAUCAAAUUCAGCAAAAUUUUUUC